AGCGGACAGGGAGCCGUCGCGGAUUGGAGCUCGCCCGCCUGGUCUGCGGGGUUUAAAGAGGGGGGCGGGGGCGCGCUGCCCAGCCGCUCUGCUGUCCCCGCCGUGUGCCCGUCGCGCAGCUGGGCUUGUAGCGUCUCCUGGCCUCCCGCCACCUCCAGCGUCCCGCAUCGCGCCGUCGCCGGCCGGCGGCUCGAGAGCGCGGGAGAGGGGCAGGCGCCGUCCAGCCCAGGCGCGGGCACAGCUAGUAAGGGGCGAGGCGCGGGGACUCCAAGCUGGCCACGAUGGUGGCCACAUGCCUGCAGGUAGUGGGCUUCGUCACGAGCUUCGUGGGAUGGAUCGGCAUCAUCGUCACCACGUCUACUAAUGACUGGGUGGUGACAUGCGGCUACACCAUCCCCACCUGCCGCAAGCUGGACGAGCUGGGCUCCAAGGGGCUGUGGGCCGACUGCGUCAUGGCCACGGGGCUUUACCACUGCAAGCCCCUGGUGGACAUCCUCAUCCUGCCGGGCUACGUGCAGGCCUGCCGAGCCCUGAUGAUUGCUGCCUCCGUCCUGGGUCUGCCGGCUAUUCUCCUGCUGCUCACAGUUCUCCCGUGCAUCCGAAUGGGCCACGAGCCUGGCGUGGCCAAGUACAGGCGAGCCCAGCUGGCUGGUGUCAUGCUCAUUCUUCUGGCUCUCUGCGCCAUGGUUGCCACCAUCUGGUUCCCCGUGUGCGCCCACCGUGAGACCACCAUCGUGAGCUUUGGCUACUCCCUGUACGCGGGCUGGAUCGGUGCCGUGCUGUGCCUCGUGGGGGGCUGUGUCAUCGUCUGCUGCGCUGGAGAUGCCCAGGCAUUCGGGGAAAAUCGUUUCUACUACUCUUCAGGCUCCAGUUCCCCUACUCACGCCAAGAGUGCCCACGUAUAAGAGAGCUGCCGGCCUGCCCACGAAGGUGCUGUAGAUGCCGGGCCCGUGGCCCUAGGUUCGCUUGCCACUGUGAGAGGGUGGGAAGCCCACUCCUCUGCCAGGCUCCAAAGCCAAAGUUCUAGAAGAGCAUCCUGUCUGGCAUUCUGUAGUCUUAACAUCUCCUUCUCCUUCUGUUGCCUUAAAAGAAAUGUUUAGCUCAGAUAAUGCCACACAUUUUUUUCCAUGGUUUUGCCCAUUACUAGCUCUUUUCUUGGGCAUUCUUUUGUCAUACAUAUAUAUAUGUAUAUACAUACACACACACAUAUAUAUAUGAGAAAAAUUUUCCUCUCUCUUUAAAUUUCAAAUAUCUUGCAAACAUUGCUGAAUUGGAUGUGGGGAGAGAAAUAAAAGACACUUUCAAGCUGUUACAGAUGACAAUGGGAGCCUCAUAGAGAUGCCUCUCUGUUCCCUCUCUCCUCUCAGCUCCAAGGUCACUUAGUUAUAACCAAUAGAAAAAGACAGAAUUGGGAAUGCAGGGUGGGGUAGGGAAGGGCACUGUGGACCUUGCCCUCCAUGGGGAAGUUUCCCUCUUGUAAGGUGAGGGCAAGGGGUGGGGAUAUUUUUUAGUUUGUGAUUUUACAUUUAUCUGUACAUACUUUUUAAGGUUGCUCAUUUUUAUAACCAUGGUUUUCCUGAAAUUCUCAAUGCAUCAGUAUGAAGGAAAUGAACCAAACGGACUUUAAUGUUUCCGUAAAUAACAGUACAAGUGAGUAUAACUAACUGACAUGCCACAAAACAUUCUUGAUUUCCAGGUUUGUAGGAUAUAGUUUUUAAUCCUACACUUUCAUAUGCUUCAAUUUAACAUAUUUUUAAAACUUUCUCCCUUUUCUAUUUUCAUUCUGUUAGCUGUCUUGAAGUGAUAUUGUUUAACAUAAACUGUACUGUUGAAUUUGGCUUUACGGGUGCAAACAUUGAUGGUGUACCAGUAUCCAAGACCCUAAACUCUCCAAACAUUGAUGGUGCAUUUUGUUCUUUAAAUGAAAUCUGUGCAAUAAAAUAACAGACUGUCUGCAAAA